AAUUGGAGAAUGAGCAAGUAGAUAACGAAAGAGAUGAUAAUGAAAGGGUAGAUAAUGAUGAAAGAGUGAAUUACGAUAAAAUAGUAAAUAACAAUGAAAGAGUAAAUGAUGAUGAAAUGGUGAAUAACAAUGAAAGAGUGGAUUAUGAUAAAAGAGUAGAUGAAAAUGAAAUGGUGGAUGAUGAUGAAAGGGUGGACAACGAUGAAAGGGUGCACAAUGAUAAAAGUAUAAAUGAUGAAAAAGUUGAUAAUGAAAGAGUAGAUGACGAUGAACGUGUGGAUAUUGAAAGAGUAAAUUAUAGAAGUAUGUAUAAUGAAAGAGUAAACGAUGAAAGGGUUAACAAUAAAAAGAUGAACAGCAAAAAGAUAAAUAACAAAAGGGUGGAUGAUAAUAAUGAUAAGAGGAUAAAUGGUAAAAAGGUAGAUAAUAAAGGUAUAAAUGAUAAAAAGAUAGAUGCAAGUGAAAAUGAUGACGAGAUAGUGCACAAAAGAGUGAAUGAAAGAACAAAGAAAACAAUAAGG